UUUCUUCCGGCCACGAUGGCACAAACCUGGGAUCCUACCUCCAUUCCUAUAGAUCCCGCUCUGCAAGCCUCCUCCUCCGCGACUACCCUCGACUCUCAGCGGAUUAACCUGGACCGCACACCCUCCAGCGUUGGGCCACUAAACCCCUUCUUCGAUCCAUCCGCGUUCAAAUCACGAGUCGAUGCCAUCGCUGCUCACCACAAGCUGACCGAGGGUGUACCCGACAAUGCCGCCGCAUACCUAGCCGCCGCCCUCCGCGUCCGACUCGAGGAGCUUGUCAAGCAAAUGCGUGAUGCUGCCAACCACCGAACAGACACGCAGUUCGAUAGGCCGGCGCUAUAUGCAGAGGGCGCCCCGAUGUGGAGUCUGGCGGUGAGAAGUGAUGUGGGGAAGCAGACGGCAGUCUUGGAGAAAUUGGAGAGGGAAGAGGAGCAGAAACUGCGCCGGGAAAGGAAAGAACGGGCGGAUUUGACGGCGGCACAUGCUGCAGCGUUAGCGGCCCAAGCGCAAGCGGGGGGUGUGGGUGGAGAUUUCGAGGACGACGGGGAGGGCGGGAAGAAGCGAAAGAAGAAAGACGGACCGGGGGUGACGGCGAGAAAUAUGUCGGAAGAUGUGAGGAAGAAGAUGAGCAAUGCGGUGGCGAGUCAGGCAGCGGGAAUUGGAGGAAAAUAUUCAUGGAUGAAUGCAACGAAUGCGGCUGCGGCUGCUGCAAAGCCAAUAAAGACAACGACCACACCAUCAACACCUGCGACACCUUCACCAGCUCCGAAUCCAGGAGGCGGUUGGGCACGGGCUUACACGGGGAAGAAGGCGGCAGUUGCAACACCAGCGCCAACACCUAUAGUUGAGGAGGACACGCGAAUACUGAUCACUCUGCGGGAUGCUCAGUUUGUGGUGCAUAAAGAGAGAAGCCAAGGACGGACGUGA